UCCUCUGUCGCUGGUCACCGUUCUAUUGGCGAUGGUGAAUGAGAACCAGAAUAAUCCAAUCAUUCUUUCAUUCAUUCUAUUCUGCCUUGAUUGCUUGUCACCGCGUGUUUCACAGUCACCGGUCGGAAAACUUUAAUAUUUAUCUCCACACCUGCUAAAAUGUCGAUCCACAUCAAGGACUCCGAUGACCUCAAGAACAGGCUGGUGGAAGCCGGUGACAAGUUGGUAGUCAUCGACUUCAUGGCCACUUGGUGCGGACCCUGCAAGAUGAUUGGGCCUAAACUAGACGAGAUGGCCAAUGAGAUGGCUGACUCCAUCGUUGUUCUUAAGGUCGAUGUUGACGAAUGCGAGGACAUCGCCACCGAGUACAACAUCAACUCCAUGCCUACCUUCGUGUUUGUCAAGAGCACGAAGAAGGUCGAAGAGUUCUCAGGUGCCAACGUCGACAAACUGAGGAACACUAUCCUGAAACUUAAGUAGACCUGCAAGGAGCAUUGUACGCUAGCCAACCUCCGCGGACAAACCUUGGCAUUUUAACGCAUUUUUUUCAUAAAAAAAUAUAUUUAUCUACAUUUAUAUCGGCAUGUUUAGUUGCUGGUUGACUAAUUAAUACCUUUGUACGUAAUAGUUUGAUACAGAGCUUUAAGUGCCGCUGCCCCAAUUUGAACAUCUAAGACUGUUUUCGUCCGUUCUGUAUGCAAACUUUUAUAAAAUGCCGGUUUUUUCAAUGAAUUAUAUAAUAUUUGCGAGGUUUACCGUCGGAGGUAAUUGCAGUUGGAAUAACAACUUUUGCACACGGCACUAAUGCAUAAUAAUGUUAAUUUCUCAGCCAUCGGAAGGAUCACAAUUUUUUGUUUUAAAUAGUUUUGUUAAAUGAAAUGUAAGUAGAUGUAUUUUUGUAAUGCGAGUGUCUUAUUAGCACUGUGUGCUUAAAAUUUAGCACGUUUUACGUCGGUUUAGCGUACAAACUCUAUUUUCGUAUUAUUUGCCGUGUAUUUUUCAUUAUAUGUAUGUUACAGAGUAUUGUUACUUCAAUAAAAUAUUGUGUAAAGUAUAAA